AGCAGCAGCAGCAGCAGCAGGUGGUUUUUACUCGCAAGCUGUGGUGACUGAGCUGCGUCGGCCAUGAGUGUGCUGCUGUGCCUGGGCGCGUUUAUACUCCUGCAAAACCUUAUGCCAGGUGGCUCUACGCGUCAAGGCAUUAUUGGUGGAAAGGAGUCGGUUCCACAUAGUCACCCCUUCAUGGUGUACAUUGUGGACAUAAUGACCGGAAACACCUGCGAUGGAUUCCUGGUGAACGAGAACUUUGUGGUGACCGCAGCCCACUGCAACGGCCGCAUUGUGGCAUUUUUAGGGGUCCACAGCACAAAGGGUUUAAUCGCCAAAAACAGUGCAUUUGUAAAAACAAUUCCACAUCCAGAAUACAACUGCUCAACCUAUGAAAAUGACAUCAUGCUUUUGAAGCUCUGUAAACCAGCACAGUUCAGUAAAACGGUGAUGCCUGUUGCCCUGCCUGCAUCUGAAAACGAAAGCUUCGGACACAACUGCUUGGUGAUGGGUUGGGGAUGCCAGACAUUUUGUAAAGAGUUUCCAUCAGAAGUUCUACAAGAGGUCAACGUCACCAUCUCAAAAACCAAAAACUGUACCGCACCUGACAUCAUGUGCUCUGAGGGCUUCAAAGGGCCUGGACAAGGUGACUCCGGGGGUCCACUGGUUUGUGGAAAUGUGGCGCAUGGGAUUGUGUCCAGUAAUUAUAAAGCCGGCAAGGACUAUGUGUCAAGAUACGUUCGCUUAACCUACCAUCUUAAGUGGAUUCGAUCUAUCAUAAAUGGGACUUAUCAAGGAUGCUAAAAGCAGAAGGAACAGAACAGAGAAGCAUGUCUAAUUUCAUUUGAUGCAUAAUUAGAGUCUAAUGCUUUGUAACAUCAGUACUCAUAACAAUUUAACCUUCUCGUCAAUUAAAUAGGGUGAAUGACUCGGGA